UGGUCCCGGGUGGGGGCGGUGCCCGUGGGACCUUUUCUCCACUCCCGCCCUGCCCCCCGGGGGUCUCCCCCGGAGCCUUCGCAGCCUUCCCUCUGCUUCCCGCGUGCGGCCGCGCCGCCGCUGACGUCACAGCCCCUCCGCCUGACAUCACCCGCGGCGCGGCACGCGGCGGAUAAAGCUCCUCCCCCUCCGGGGGGCGUUACCGGAAGGGGCGGGGCGAGUGCGGAGGCACUUCCGGGAGCGGCGAGGGGCGGCGGAGCCAUGAGCUGGAUCCCGUUCAAGCUCGGGCAGCCCAAGAAACAGCUUGUACCCAAGACAGUGGAGAGAGACUUUGAAAGGGAGUAUGGGAAGCUCCAGCAAUUGGAAGAUCAGACCAAGAAGCUGCAGAAGGAUAUGAAGAAGAGCACAGAUGCAGACUUGGCCAUGUCCAAGUCUGCUGUCAAGAUCUCCUCUGACCUGCUCUCCAACCCUCUGUGUGAGCAGGAGCCCAGCUUCCUGGAGAUGGUCACAGCCUUCGACACAGCCAUGAAGAGGAUGGACUCCUUCAACCAGGAGAAGGUGAAUCAGAUCCAGAAGACAGUCAUAGAACCUCUGAAGAAGUUCAGCAGUGUCUUCCCCAGCCUGAACAUGGCUGUCAAGAGGAGGGAGCAGACCCUGCAGGACUACAGACGCCUGCAGAGCAAGGUGGAGAAGUAUGAGGAGAAGGAGAGGACUGGCCCUGUCCUGGCCAAGCUGCACCAGGCCCGUGAGGAGCUGAGGCCUGUGAGGGAGGACUUCGAGGCCAAGAACAAGCAGCUGCUGGAGGAGAUGCCCAAGUUCUACAGCAGCCGAAUCCACUACUUCACCCCCAGCUUCGAGUCGCUGCUGCGGGCACAGGUUGUCUACUACACAGAGAUGCAGAAGAUCUUCGGGGAGCUGACGGCGCAGAUCGAGCGGCCAAGCCGCAGCGAUGAGCAACGGCAGAGGGAGAAUGAUGCCAAGCUGGCAGAGCUGAGGGCACUCUCCAUCGUGGCUGAUGAUUGAGUGAGGGGGGGGAAAAAUGUUGAGGUGAGGGGUGGGGGGCAAAAAAGAUAAGCAUAGAGGAACUAAAGGAUUGGGAAUCUUCUUCCCUUCCCCCCACCCUUAGGUGGGCGCCGAAGUCGCUUUGGCCACCUGCGGCUUCAAGGUGGAGUUGGCAUCCAGGGGAAGGGGUAGGUUGGAAGGGGAGCACAGAAGGUGAAGCAGUGCCAAGGCUCCUGGCCUGGGCAGGGGCAUCUGGCACUAAAGGUCUCAUCCAGCCUGGUCCUGGACAUCUCCCC